GUUCCACUUUGCUAAUUGCCAUUGGUUUAUCGGUGUGUUUGGCCUGUGGCACUAUUUUUGUUACCAUCAUUGCGCUACGUCGUUCCUCAAGCACCACCAAUACCAGCUCAAUUGCUACCAGCAGUGCCAGUACGACUCAACAAUCGGCACGGAGGAUACGUCACAAGCGACGUUCAUCGCAAAGACGGCUGCCAAUUGGAAUUGGUGGACUGGUAACGGGUAAUAACGACGACAACGACGACGACAAUAACGACGAGGCUAUUAUAUCUACAGCUGCUCUGGCCCUGCCAUUAACAACAACAUCAACAAUAUUGUCAGAGGAUCAAACCGUAGCAGUAGCACCAGCAGCAGCACCAACAACAUCAGCAACAGGAACAACAACAACACUUUUGCCAACCGAGCCGGAACAUUCUGUACCCAUGCUAUCGGUACAGACGGCCGGCUGCGCGGGAAUGGAGCGGCUCGGCGUUCCGACCCGCACCUCAUCCGAUGAAAGGGAUCAAUUUAGAUGUAGAGUGCGUGUCGAGCUCUUGCAACAGCAACAGCAGCAGCAACAGCAUCAUCACAGCAACAAGCAACAACAUUCCUCCCACCAGCAACAAACACGCAUGACAACUCCAGCAUCAUCAUCAUCACCAUCAUCAUUAUCCGCAUCCACAUCAGCAACAUUAUCUGCAGGUUUACAACAGCACAGCUUGAGCGGAUCGGCAGGCAAUCAUAGCAACAGCAGCAGCAACAACAAUAAUAAUAACAACAACAAUAGUAUUAGUAGUAAUGUGGCCAGAGGUGGCAUUGAGGCCACCACCCUCAAAUAUGGCAACACUGGCAGCGGGAGCUUUAAGGGCAAUGAUCUUAGCUGCAAUUCCACCGCCUCAUCCAUGUCUUCAUGUGGCUCCUCAUUGCAAAGUCACAGCAAUGAUCAUCAUCAACAUUACCAAUAUCAGCUGCAACAACAGCAAACGCCACGUUGUCCACAUCAUGUACCACUGCCGGACAGCGAGUACGGACAGGAUAGGCAUCUGCAAAUCAGAAGUAACUAUCAGCAAUCGGAAAUCACGCGUUCAUAUACAAAGCCACCGCCCAAUAAGACAGUACGAGAUGUACCAGAACAACAAAUCUCGUGUGCCGGCAGUAGCAGCAGUUCGAGCAGUUAUCGUCUCACCACACUCCAGGCGGCAUCGACUGGUGGCACCUACUCCUCAUCAUCGUCGUCGUCGUCGUUAUCAGCAUCAUCGGCUGUCAUAUCUGCCGCUGCUGCCGCCGCUGCAUCCAGUUCAACAAAAUCCAAACCGAAUGCCAUAACCAAGUUCUUCUCACGCAUCAGUUCACCCAAAUCGCCAACUUCAAUGGUCGUGGCAGCCGCUUCAGCUUGUACGACAAGUAGUGCAACAGGAGCAGCACCAUCAGCAACAUCCGCCUAUAGUCAACAGCCAUCGUUAGCCUCCUCCGCCUCAAUGUCGUCAUCGGCCUCAUCGUUGGCCUCCUCAUCGUGCUGUGUGUCCACCUCAUCGUCAGCCUCAUCGCUGGCGGCUGUACCAUUGCCCACAUUACCCAUCUCUAAUGCAGCCAGCCUUAAGAGUACAGCCUGCAGUUAUGGAACUAAUCCUGCAUCCGGAAUCCAUACAUCAAGUCCAUCCAGCAGUCAUCAUCAUAUUUAUGCCGGUUUGGGACCCAGCACACAAUUGUUAACCACCUUGACAACAUCUGCGGGGGCAAGUGGUUGUGGUGCAUCUACUCCAGAGAGAAUACCAACACCACCAUUAUCCGUGUCUGUGCCUAUUGGUGCUGGAUUGCAACAGUUACUCAAGAGCAGCAGCACUACAUCAGCGGCAAUCUGUGAAACGUCUUCCUCUUCUUCCACAACAACAACAAUAAGCCACUGUGGGGUAAACUCAUAACUGAGCUCAUGUUAAGUUUACUAUUAAUUAAUCCCCUUUUGCGGUUUGCAUUGGUUGCGUGUGCCAGGGGCCGAAUUUCAAAUCAAGUUUAACCGCGAAAAAUGAAAUGCACGGCUUAACCGUUUCUCAUGCUUAUAACGGUUAAACAUUUAAAUUGAUGGGGUGCCGGCCCCGCACAUCUACCGAUGCAUCUCCGUUUAUAAUAUAUAUUUUUUUAAUAUUAGCUUAUGUUAAACAUUUAAACAGAUUUAUUUUUGUGGUAGGUCUGUGGGCCAAAACGUUACGCCAACUGUUUUGGUACGAAAAGACUGUUUAUUAGUCAGAAUUUAAUUUGUAAAUGUUGAUUAAACAAUCUAAUUUUUUUUUUGCUGCGAAAA